AUGCCCUUUGAGGCCUUUAUCACCCUCGAGAAACUCUACGGACAGGGAUUGUCCCAGGCGAUCGUACAAAGAUUCAGGAUGUGGAAUGAGCUUCGUUACAAGGGUAGUGAUGCCGCUGGCUUUGCAAACAAGUUCCAAAAAGCACUUCACGACUAUGAAGAGACCAUUACGCCAAACAAGGUCUUCUUUAAAUGGGAGUAUGCGGCUUUUAUGACCGCAAUCAUGUCGAAUCCCCGCUGCAAUGCUUUUGUCCAGAUGUUCAAACCGACGAACGCACAUGCCAUGUAUCAGGAAUUCUACACUUCCGAAACGACCAAUAAGUCGAUCCAAUACGCUUAUUCUAGCGACAAUAAGUCGACGAAUCUUCCUUCCACGAACUCGACAACCGCCGGGAUCUCUCUGGGGAAUAUUCCGCCGUCUACAGGUACUUCUUCGUCAUCUAAAAACAACAAGAAAGAUGACAAAAACAACAAAGGCAAGGGAUCAACUCCUCCGAAGCCUGAGAAGUACAAAAACAACAAGAAUGCUCGUUAUUGUCAGUAUCACAAGUCUUAG